AUGAAAGAUGAAGAUUUUUUACUACUGGGAGAAUUGAAAAAACCUCGACAAGCAACAUGGAAUCAUGUGCAAACAGAAGUACGUACUGAUGACUCGCUCGGUUCAAAAGCACUUCUUCUAAUAAAUGAACAUCUGGUUGCUAUGAGUGAAAGUAAUAGAAGAAUAGAAGAAAAACUUGAAAAGAUCGAAAUCAAAUUGAAUCAGACAGCUCUAUAUACAGAACUACACCAAACUACAAUAGUCGAGCUGAUAGAACAUGUUCGUCUACUCAUUCAUCAUAUUAUCUGGCCGGUGACGAAGCAAGUUAAUUCGGCGUUACUGAAUUCUACAUCAGGUUUACAAUCUGCCUUUGAUAAAUUGACUGAAUUAAAUAUUAAUUUAUGCAAUGACUAUGAAAUAAGACGUAAGCGUGGAAAAUCAUCGCCUAUGCAAAAUAAAUUAUCAUCAACAGCUGAAGAAAUAAUCAGUGGCAACGCAUUAAACGUGAAACAAUCAUAA